AUGUUAUUUAAGGUCGAGAUUGAGGAGAUCGUCAUCCACGGGGAGGAACCCAUGUCCGGGAUGGAUCACCGCCGCCGACGGCAGCUUCAGUCUUCCUGCCGCGAUGAGGAGCCUAGGAGAAUUACUGCUCCGGCGGCCAAUAUCACCGUCAACACCUCUCCGGCAGUCAGGAGAGGAGCGAAGGGUGAAGAAAAGAGGAAGAGUAGCGCGGAGGACAAGCAGCGGAGAAGGCACAUCGCCGCAGAGCGCAAUCGACGGAUGAUGAUGAACCUCCACUUCAGCUCCCUCUGCUCCCUUCUUCCACCAUCGUUCCUCCAGCGGGUGUGGCUCUUCCCUCGGAGAAUCAUCAUCUCUCAUCUCCCUCGUAGUGAUUCUUCGGAUCUUAACCUCGUCCCUUUGACCUAAAGGGAGACCAGGCAUCCAUCGUCGGUGGGACCAUCGAUUUCAUCAAGGUGAUGGAGCAGCUGCUCCAGACUCUCCUCGCCGAGAAGCGGAUGAGAUCUGGCGGCGCCUCGACCGCACUCUCUCCUCUCACGGUGGCAGCCCAUUCUCUGUACGCUUACUGUCCCUCAAACCAGGAUACAACUUUCACGUCGAUCCCACAGUCCACUGCCGCACCACGAGAGGAAGAAGCGGGGGAGGAUCAGUUCGACGGCAGUAACGGUGGUGGGGACCCGACGACGGUGGCGGACGUUGAAGCGACGGUUGUGCAGUCGCAAGUGAAUAUACGGGUACUGUCGAGACGGCGGCCGGGGCAGUUGGUGAGAGCGGCGGUGGAGCUGGAGAAGGUGCACCUAUCGGUGCUCCACCUCAGCGUUACCUCCUUCACCGAUGCCGUUCUUUGCUCCCUCAUCCUCAAGGUAAACCCUAUUGUCUCCACGGUUUUAGUCAUAUUUUUGCAGCGGAAGGGCCUUCAUCUCCUUGGCCAUUCGCAUAUUUCCUGCAUGUGGUUGGACAGAUGGAAGAAGGCUGCGAGCUGACCUCGGCGGAUGAGAUAGCAACCGUUGUGCAUGAAAUCUUCUCGUCGAUCGCCACUUGCGGCUGA